GCCGGCACCGGCGCCCACACCGCCACACGGGCGCGGCGCGGAGCAGAACGGAGCGGAGCCCCGAGGGCAGCUGAUGAUGUUCCAGUAUCUGUGCACUUGGAGAGACUGGAUAUGGCAAGAGUGGUGACCACACAUGCCAGUGACAUAACCCUCUUAUGAAUUAAGUGUGAAAUACUGCCUUCCUGAACCUUGAGUUGGGCCCUGCAGCUUUCAGGAUAGACAAAAUGAAACUACAAGGGAAGAAUUUGAAUGUUUGCUUCAGCUGAUGAGAAUGUUUUCCAAGUCCUAAGGAGAAACUGUGAAAAAGAGAAACAGAGGAUGUUGCUAGUAGGUAUGUACAUGACAGGAAGCCAUGACUAGCAAUGUGAGUGUCAACAGGAAACAAAAAGUCACAGCUGAUGUGAUGCUGCCAUACCGUACACUCUCUGGGUUGUAUUGCCUGCUGGACUUCGUGGCCUGUGGAGCAAUGUACUUGAGACAUUCUUCUCUCCAGUUGUCUGCUGGAGUUUGAAUUAUUGUGCAUCUGGUUAAUCCACUUCGCUGGAGUUCACAAGCCCUGGGUUUGUGGUGGUUUUUUUUGUUUUGUUUUUUUCUUGACGUCUACUAUAAAGAUCUUGAGCAGCUUUGGGGAGAAAAGUGUGUGUGAACAACCUUCAUCAGCUGGCAGCUGAGUGCUCUUCAGACUCCAGACAACUUUGAGGUGUCUUGGCUGUUCAGUGCUCUGCAGAUAUGAACGCUGAGCUUUUCUGGCACGUUCUCACACUGGCCUGGUCACUCUCACCAUGCUAGUACAUGGGAAAGAAGACUUCCUUUCAGACAUAGCUUACAUCGUUCUGGAGCUGGUCAUCGCGGUGCUGGCCAUCCUGGGCAACAUCCUGGUCUGCUGGGCAGUUUAUCUGAAUAGCAACUUGCAGAACGUCACCAACUAUUUUGUGGUGUCCCUGGCUGCUGCUGACAUUGCCGUGGGUGUGCUGGCAAUCCCCUUUGCCAUCACUAUCAGCACUGGCUUCUGUGCCUUCUUCUAUGGCUGCCUUUUCAUUGCCUGCUUCGUCCUGGUCUUGACUCAGAGUUCAAUCUUCAGCCUCCUCGCCAUCGCCAUUGACAGAAUCAUUGCAAUCCGCAUCCCCCUCAGGUACAAUGGCUUGGUGACUGGCUCUCGAGCUAAAGGGAUCAUUGCCAUCUGCUGGGUGUUAUCUUUCAUCAUUGGCUUGACACCAAUGCUCGGGUGGCACAAGCGCUCCCAGAUCGAAGAGCUGGGUUCCAACAAGUCCUCUCCCAUCAACUGCAGCAACAGUAUGGUGGUGUGUCUCUUUGAGGCUGUGGUCACCAUGGAGUACAUGGUCUACUACAACUUCUUUGCCUGUGUGCUCUUGCCCCUCCUCCUCAUGUUUGGUAUCUACUUGAAAAUCUUCAUGGCAGCCCGGCGACAGCUCAAGCAGAUGGAGAACAAGAUGGUACACGGGGAACGUUCUCGCUCCACUUUGCAGAAGGAAGUCCACGCAGCUAAGUCUUUAGCCAUCAUUGUUGGCUUGUUUGCAGUCUGCUGGCUUCCUCUACACAUCAUUAACUGCUUUACCCUUUUUUGCCCGAAUUGUGCCCACGCUCCCCUCUGGCUGAUGUAUCUGGCUAUUAUCUUGUCUCACGCCAACUCAGUGGUAAAUCCUCUAAUUUAUGCCUACCGGAUCAGGGAGUUCCGAUACACCUUCAGGAAAAUCAUCAGCCAGCACAUCCUGGGUCGGAAGGAGCCGUUCAAGGCAGGACCAGCCAGCUCCCGGACUUCCACUCAUGGGGGGGACGCGGAGAACGCCAGCAUCCGCAUCAGUGAGUAUGCACUGGAGGUGUACACCAACGGAGAGAUCCCCAGGGAUCCCGAAAAGCAGGACUUAAACAAAUGCAAAGCGGGCUUGGAAUGGCACCAGAAUGGAAACGCUCUGGACCUGGAGACAAACGGGCACCUCCCACAUUCCUGCAAAAAUGGGAUUCUCUCUGAUGCAUGCAUGAACAGGGAGCUUCACAGUGAGGAGCUAAUUGAUGGCCAGGUGACUUACUCAGAUCUAGAAAGAGCAGCCUUUGCAGCAGCUGAUGUUUCCUGAUGAGACUUUCAAAGUCUACCUGGUAGAAUUAUUUUUUUUUCCAUUGGUGACCUCUGCCAUGGCAGAAAGGGAAGGCUGGGGGGCGGGGGGAGAGGUGUGUAUUCAGAUUGCUGUGGAGAAAAAAGGGGUCCCUACCCAGGACUGUUGGGAUGAUCCUCAAUACUAGACUGGAGAAAAGCCAAGAGACUGUUGAAACAGACCAAGGAAGAAGGGACACAUUACCCAUCCAUGUCCUGUCACCAAGGGCAGUGCCAAGGUCAAAGAUGGCAUUCCAAGUUCAGCACUGGGAGACUUUGCUGAUGCAGGGCAUAUCGUGACAUGAUGCUGUACUGUGUAUCUGUGGUUAUGUGUCAGUUUUGCUGUUUUUACCAACAGAAAUAAAAGCAUGGCCAGAAGCAUUUGCAGAAUUGCAAAGAGCAACAGGGAGGAGCCGUUUAGCACUUUGGCCCUGCAGCAAAGCGAAGGGGGAUAGCAACAUCUAUUGGUCAGGACGGAUGCCAGCAGCUGCUUGGAUAGGGAAGGAAUUUACCUGAUGGGAACUUUGGAUAUCUUCAACCAUGGCAUUUUUUCUUUCAGUUCAUGUUUUAAAAGCUUAUACUGCAACAGGUUGCUCAAAUGAUUUUUUUUCUUGUCCUGAUUACUUUAUCUUAAGUUACAAAAGAUGGGGAAGAACUCAUAUCCAUUCCCUGAGCACUCAAUGUUCCAGAUGCACGAGGCAAAUAUAAUCUCAUAGCUCUCCUCCUUGUCUGACAAAUAAUGAAAAUGGAGUCUGUAAUGUGGGUUUCCCUUAGCAAAAGGGCUGUUGUGCUGCUGGUAGCAGACAAGUAUUCCAGGUUGUGGUCUGUGUCACCAUGGUGGUUGUGUACCUUGGUGUUGUGAAGAGCUAUCAGGUAUGUGAGCUGGCAGUGGACUGGUGGGCAAUGACUGCUUUUUUCCCCACUAUCUCUGUGCUUGUCCUCCUGGGCUCCUAGAAUGCAAAUUCCUUCCAUGGCCCUAAAUGUGUGUGAGGGGAGCUAAUUUUCCAUGUUUUGGUCCUUUUCAUCCUCACUCAAAAGGCUGUGGGAUUUUUGAAUUUUUUUUUCCCUUCUCUUGGGAGGAAACAAGCACACACGUACCUGAUACUUAUUUUUGAAAUUCCAGUGUGCUCUAUUUAAACACCUUUUCUCCCCUGAUUUUUUUUUUUUGCCUAAUGUGUUUUACUGUGAAGCCAAAUAUGUCCCUGUGGUGCAGAGGCCAACAGACCUACAUCUGUCUGGUUAGAGGAUGCUCCUACUCUGAGGAGCUGACAAGCUUCAUCAGCAGUGGAAAUCAGCUUAGGAACUGCAGAACUGUGUGAGAGAACAGGCAAAUCUGUUCUGAGCAAGGGUGUGUGUCGAUGUGGUUUGUAGCAGAGUUGUUUCACAGUGGUUUGAUAAUUUUCUGUAUCACUUAAGAAGUCUGGUAGCUCAAGGACAGCAGAAUGUCCCACCAGCUUGAAUUUUACUUAAAGAUUUUCUAGUCUUUGUUUUCUAGACAAACAAUCCAUGUCCAGUACCAUCAGCUUUCUGGAGAUUCAGGCAGUAGUAGUUCUACUUGUAAACUAAAAGUCUGGUAAUUCCAGGGAUCUGAAGCUUAUUCCCUAGAUGGGUUCAUCAGAACUAUCAGCCCACAAACCUGGCUUCUCCUCAUACCUGUCCACAAACAUUUCAGAAGUCAGAUAAGCUCAUUCUCAGCAAGGACAGGGGAACUGGAUUUUGAUAUCUGAGGCAGAGCAGGUUAGGUUGGUUUGCUCUUAUUUCAUAUUCAUUUUAAGUAUUGCAAACUAUUAAUAUUAUUAAAAAUCAGGGGGGUUUAAGGGGAUUUUCUUUUUGCCAGCCUCCCUACAUGAAGGUGGAAACUAGUUUAUAAUGCUGAACGUGUUCAAGUAUGUAACUGCUACAGGCUACCACAAAGCUUCUGUGAGACAGAUAAAAAGAUGUGGUCGCCACCACAAUCCUUAGCAUAAAGACAGGCAAUUUUGUGGAACAAUAGACUUCACAGUUUAGUUGAAUUGAUGCUUUCUUGGCAUGGUUCUUCCACAUAGUCUAACGUCAGAGGAGUGGAUUAGCACUCCAGCACCAUUAGCAAGCACUAAGCCAUUUCCCUGUGACUGACGUCGUAGGUAGUUCCUCUGUAGGGUGACCUGGGAUCUUGUUACUCUUGAUCGUUCUUUAUGGAAUAUUUCUGAAGGUUAUUUGUGGGAUGGCUCCUCUGACCUGUAACAGUGGCAGAGGAACUCAGUCAGGAAAAUGGGGGUCUGGUCUCUUCAGGCCUCAGCUGAAAUGUUUCUAAGAAUAACACAAGAUUACAUCCGGUGUUCAUGUCAAUAACAAUUAGGUCCACAAAGAAGCAGAGCAGGGAAGGAAGUGUGGGAAAAUACCAGUGUCCCUCAUGCUGGGACACAUGUGAGUGCAGAAGUGUCUCCCAUUGAGGUUAAGUUGCCAUUGUAGACGGAUAUUUUAUGCCACAUUGCAUCAGACUUUCAACAGCUGGUGUGGGUUGGUUGCUUUCUAUUGUUUCCUGAGCUUCUUCACACUCAGUUGUGGCAGCUUCUUGUUCGAUUGCCACAAGAGUCAAGUUGAUCUAUGUUGGUGCAACAAACUUAGGACUGUCCCUCUGGAAAACUUUCCUGGCCAUCCAGAUUAUCAUGUGAGAUUACUGGGUCUUCAGACAUCUUGGAACUAUCUGUUGCUGCUUGACAUGUCCCCCAAGUGUGUCAAGUCCCUUUCAGUAUAAGUGAUACAGAUUUGAAAUGAAAAUUGUGUGUGAAGGGCCUGGGGAUGUGUGCAGGAGGAAGAGCAGUGGAGGUAUGGAGGGAGUGUGGUUUAUCUAGAGUUGGAAGUCUGUAGUGACAGGAAGGAAAGGAUGGCAAUUGCACCACAUGCUGUGUGCCUUCUGGCAAACACAUGUCUGAGAUGGACCUUCAGAAGAUGUUUCCAAAGCAGCUGUUAAGGGGAAGCAUGAGCCUUUUAGAAAAAGAGUUGGGACUUAUUUCUUGUUUCCUAGGAAUCAUGAUUUCAAGGCUUUAUUUUAUUUUAUUUUACUUAAAAACAACAAGCAAAACCAAAACUGUAGGGUCCCAUCAAUGAAGUGUGCUCUUUCCUUCUCCUGGCAGUGCCCUCCACUCUUAAGAGAAGUACCUGCCUUCCAAAGUACAUGGGGCAAGGAUCAUUAGAAAAGUCAAAGUUAAAUAUUUUUUCCUAACCUUCCCCCUCAUAUCCUCAUUUCCCUUUCAGCUGGAGAAUGUUUAUCUGAUGAAAUAUAGCUGUUCUGGAUAAACAAAAAUGGUACCAAGACAAAGGGAAGAAUGAGGUGACCAUCAGGAGAGGCUGGAGAAGACCUCGUUGGGCAGUGGGCCCAGAGAAUAAGAGCUGGGGUAAGAAGAGACAAAUUUCAUUGAACUGGAACUUCUUACUAAAAAUGGCUGAAAACCCAUAUAGAUAUGUGGUGCCUUCUUUGGAAUGAGGGCACUCCAUGAAUUUCACCAUUCCUUGGAGACUCCUGGGCUCCAGGGUUUAUUUGCUUUAUAGGAUUGUGGAGAAAGUAAAGCUUGAUCAUUUGCCAGGAGAAAUUUUAUCAAGAGUCCUUCCUGGGGCUCUCUCCUCAAUAGGACACCACUUUUGGUGUGUGCAAAUAAAUGUAUUUACAGCUUUGUCCUGCAGAGACUCUUUUGGGUCAGUAAUAUUUCAAAGCUCUGUGCAAGCCUGAACAGCAGCUCUUGAACAGAGAAGCAAUUUGGCAUAGUGGGACAGCUGGGGUUACUGUAGAGAUAAAGGGUUUGCCAGUAAUCCCAGUUGGUGAUAGGAAGCUCAUUGUGCAGGUGGAUUUGGGAGUUGCAUAAAGUAGUCUGAAUCUUUGAGUGUUCCUUGAAAAGAGGCUCCAGAGGAUGCUGAUGGAUCUAGAAAAGUCUCUAAGAUGUGGGAGCAGACUGGAGGGUUAGACAGGAAAUCCUGGUGGUGAAGUACAAUUUGUAGAGAAGGUGUUUAGGAGGACUUGAGGGGAGAUGGAACGUGCUGAGAGGUGCUGGGGAUUGCACAGAUGGUGCUGGCCUGAGACUAAAGUAUGACUUGCUGAGGAAGGACUCUGGAAAGGAUGUACAGCCUUACAGCUCUCCUGGGGUCACUGCAGAGGGUCAGCCUUGCCUGAUGUGCAUGGAGGGCUGACUUUAUAUGGUCUAUGUGUGUCUGAGGUAGAGAUACUUCUUAUGGAUUAUCUCCCUUUCAGAUGCAUUGUCCAUUUCAUGAUCAUGUCCUGGUGUAACAGAAGCCCUUCUGUUUCAUGAAUAUGAGCCCUACCUAAAACCAAAUCAGUCUAGCCAUGUGUUGUGAGAAGGAUGAGUAUGCUGUACAGUGCUGAGAUGCAUUAAAGCUGUAGAAUAUCCUCUAAUGAUGUUUGCUGCAUUUAGCUGUCUGGUAGUCUGUUCUCUCCCAAUCUGUUUUGGGCAUCAGAGUGCACUGAGUCAUACCAGAGAGGUAUUUUUUCUUCCUAGCCCUGAGCUUUUGGCCCUCUUUACAGUAAAACAGUUCUUCAUUUGCUUGAGAGGUGACAAACCCUGAGAGACUGAGAAUCUCAAAACUGGGCCAGUGCUGUGUGUAAUUCCCUGUCUUACUUCUGUGCUGGGACUGUUCACACAAGGAUGUGUUAAGGUCAAGACUGGAACCUGUUGAUGGGAGAACAACCUUUGCUUCCACCCUUAUGUCUCAGGAGCUGGUGUUCAGGCCCCCUGUUCUGUGGAGCAGCUGCCUCUGUGAACACCCUGCUGCACAUGUUGUCACUAUAAAACAAUUACUCUUUUAAUUUAAAUGUUUUAUGAAUAUAGUUGUUGUUUUCCCUCUGUUUGUCAGUUACCAGUGGGAGGGGAGGGAAUGGGGUGGGAUCAUCUGUGCAUGCAAAUGUAUUUAAAGUGAGUUGACCAAAG